AUGGACGAGGAAGACGUGGGCAUCGGCGUCGACUUUGACUACUGUCAGUAUGAGGUUCGUUAACAGUUCGAACAUUUUGUUAAAAUAAAAAACUAAAUUUGAAAGUGCACUUAAAAUAGCAUUUAACUAUGAAACCUUAAAAAUUUCCUUUAUAAUCGAAAGUUUUCUCAUUUGAACUGACAGAAUAAGUUUCGAAGUCGGUUGUUUACAAUCUCGCGUGAAGUUAAAAUCGAUAAAAGAAAGGCAUACGGGUCAAAGUUGUUGAUGAUCGCGACCUGUAGGAGAAGUUCUACGAGGAGACCUACCGACGGAACGGCGACUCGAGCGACGACGGUGACAAGCGUCGCGUGUUCCCGACUGAUAACGGCCGACUUUUUCAGAUUCCGCGCUCUCCGUCAGUUCGCCACGCGACCCGCCGCCCUUCCGCCAACAGGUGUACUUUUGCACUUUUUUUGUUUGAUUAAAAACAAGGAUGACCUUUGGAAUCAAUAUUUUCAUGUAUUGUGAUGCAAUCCGUGAAGAAAACAUGUGGAGUCUUCUGGAAAGUUCCUAUGGAUUUUAUUAAAUAUCUUCGUACAGUUGAGAAACCACUACCGAGACGAAAAAUGUCUCCGAACUUUCCACCCGACUUUCCCUUCGAAGGGCCGAACUACUCUCAAUCAGCGCCUAUCAGUACCGAUUGCGGUAUUAAUUUCCACUAACCUUCAUCUCAUCCCUGUUUCAGCGGCGACCAAUGGGUCUUGUCAGAAGCGCGGCUCGUAACACAUCUUCUUGACUUCAUGGAUCUCCCGGCUAAGGUUCCUUUGUGAUUUUGAUUCAAAAACUUUUCGAAAGCUCCUAAUUAUGACUUUUCGUAGUUUUUGCUGAGUUCAUUCUUUGAAGAAAGUUAAAAAUGUCUCAAUAAUUAUUUUUACUUCCAGCAGCACCGGUUCGUGUCGAGAAUCUGCACAGACACAGUCGAUCCGCCUCUGUUCUCAGUGGGGGAUUGCGGCUUGGAAAUCGACGAUCGCUAUUCUUUCCCGCCUACCAGCUUCCUCUGUCCCAUCCAGAAGUCCUAUGCGAGUUUUCCAAAUGGAGCUCCAAAAAUAUACGGAAAAAUAUAUAAAAGGGAAAAGACAAAAAAUUGAGAGACCGUCUGAGCUUCUUUGCCCUUUUUUUUGCUAAACGUGUUAUGACUCUUGACGAACAAUUUAUUGAGGCAGCAGAACAUGACCCUGAAGGGAAAAUAAAGUUUUUUUUAAAAAAUAAUAACAAGCAAGGUCCCGCUUUUCAUAAUCUUUUUUUCCCCCAAAAAAAUAUUUCCUUUUUUUUUGCAAAUUUCGACUUUUUUUUUUGUAAUUUCUUCAAACUGUUACCUUUAAAUAUUUUUCAUGACAAGUCGUCAAUUUCUUUGGAGUUUUUUUUCUUUUGAUAAUGGAAUAUAACGUUUGAGACGCCCUGCGGUCAAAAAUUUUGAACAAAAUUUAUUAUUUUUAAGCGAAGUUUUUUUUUUAUUUUCCUGUUCUCAUUCUCAUGAUUCUAUCAGAAACAUUUUUUUCAGUUGAGAUCUCUCGGAGAGACGAUUUUGCCCUAUCACCGGCACUUGGUGGAGCUUUUGCGAUUUUGUCAAUCGACUCCAAGUUGUUGGAAAUGUUUUCACGCCUCCUCUUGUCAAGGUUUUUACUUUGAUUGAGAAAUCUGGGGAAUCUUUUGGAAGAAAGCUAAAUGAUUUAUAGUCUAAAGAUUCAUGUAAUUUGUUUCGGUCUCUGAACUUUACAACCUUUUUUUGAUUUGUUCAUUUCCAGGAAAUAUGCGCUUGGGUGGAAGAAUUUUUGAGAGAUCAUGCGUUUGAAGUUGAUAAAUUACGCCGAAGAUUGUUAAAAGGUUGGUUUGCCCCAAAUGUCGAGCAAAAUUGAAGAAAAAACAAAUCGAAAAUUUUCAUUCAUGGAAAAUAGGAAGAUCUUGGAAUGAAAAUAGAUAAAAUAGCGUCAAACUUUUUUUUCUGGUUAAAGUUUUUUUGAGUUCAGCCAGUGGUUUUUUUCAAAAAUUUCUGAAAUUUUUAGUAAGUAAGAAAAUAUUCAAAGGAGUUUUUGAGAGGUCCUAUCUUUUUUAAACUGUCCAGCCACUGCAAAAAUAAGGAAUAAUUAUAUUUAGAUACCCCGAGAGUUUUAACGUGUCUCUACGACCAAUGGCAAAAAGUGUCCCUCAUUUACAAAGUGACGGCUUCUUUCCUCCGACGAAGGACCUGGAAGUGGGAAGACGUCGAGGAAAUCUGGACUUCUCUCUUUCUUCUCACUUCCAAUCAACGUCUUCAUCCGCUCCCUCAGGUCUUCAUUGCCAACUUCUUCAUAUUCAAUGUAAAUUAGUGACUUUUCCAGAGAGAGCAACUCGCCGACCUACAAAAACGAUGUUACGAAAUGCUCCUGCGGAUCAUGGAUUCUAUAUACACCCUAGGGAAGGUGCCUCCUGGAGUUGCUGACCAUUUUGUUCUUUUCAAGUUUGUUCUUCUUUCCACGCUUUGA